UCCCAUUCCCCCCCCCCCCCCGCCGCCUCUUCUCCCUCUCGCUCCGCCGUUGUUUUCUUUCCUGCCCCGUCCCUUUUCUCUUCCUCCGUCUAUUUUUAUCUUCUCUUCAUCCCCUUUUGCCCUCCACCCCCCCCCUCCCUACCCUCGCCCUCCUCUCCUCGCUCCUGCCGUCCCUCUUCACUUUUUCUGGGUGCUUGUGUGUGUUUCAGGCCUUCAAGGAAAAGUUGCAAACUCCCGAGUUUUUUGGGGUUUUGUUUUUUUUUUUUUUUUUUUUUUGCUAUAUUUGAGGGAGCAGGUGCCUGAAAGGAGGGAGCUAUGUAGGAGGUGCCUGGGCGCUCAGGGAGGUUUGGAGGAGAUAAAUGGAGAGGAUGUGGGAAUGGAAGGGGUAGACUCGUCAGUCCUCUCGGGGUAUUCCAGGGGAGAGACUCCAGAUCCUCCUUCUGGAGGGAAGGGGGAUUGAUCGCUGUAUUUCUUUUUUUUGUAAAAAAAAAAAAAAAAAAAAAAAAAAAAAGAAAGAAAGAAAAGAAAGGAAAAAAAAAAGGAAAAGUGAAGGAAAAAAACAAACAAAACCCAACCCAGUCGCCCGAGGAUGGAGAUUCAGUAGCCAACCACAGCUGGACUCUUGGGGGAAGAGGGUUCGUGCACUCUGGCUCACGCACACAUGAAGAGAUUCUCCAAAUUGUUUGGCUUCGCAAAGAGAUAAGGCCAGUCGAGCUCAAUGUUUUUAAAGGUGGGCCGUGUAUGAUGAAACCCAACUUCUUUUAAAGUGUAGCAGAUUUCAUUUUUAUGGCCAAAUGACAGCUUGACCCAGUUGUUAUCCAAUCAAAGGGCAUUUUUUUGAAUGUCUCUUUGUGGCACAACAGCCAACGCAAAAAUGAUGGCGGCUUACAAUGGCGGUACGUCUGCAGCAGCAGCAGGUCACCACCACCACCAUCACCACCACCUUCCUCACCUCCCUCCUCCUCACCUCCAUCACCAUCACCACCCUCAACAUCACUUGCAUCCAGGCUCUGCAGCUGCGGUACAUCCCGUACAGCAGCAUGCCUCUUCGGCAGCUGCGGCCGCGGCAGCUGCGGCCGCAGCCGCGGCAAUGUUAAACCCAGGGCAGCAGCAGCCAUAUUUCCCAUCACCGGCACCGGGUCAGGCCCCUGGACCAGCUGCAGCAGCCCCAGCUCAGGUACAAGCUGCAGCAGCUGCUGCAGUUAAAGCGCACCAUCAUCAGCACUCACAACAUCCACAACAGCAACUGGACAUUGAGCCGGACAGACCUAUUGGAUAUGGAGCCUUUGGUGUUGUCUGGUCAGUAACAGAUCCACGAGAUGGAAAGAGAGUUGCACUCAAAAAGAUGCCCAACGUCUUCCAAAAUUUGGUCUCUUGUAAAAGGGUCUUCCGGGAGUUGAAGAUGUUGUGUUUUUUUAAGCAUGACAAUGUACUCUCUGCCCUCGACAUACUCCAGCCUCCACACAUUGACUAUUUUGAAGAAAUAUAUGUUGUCACUGAAUUGAUGCAGAGUGACCUCCAUAAGAUUAUCGUCUCUCCUCAGCCACUCAGCUCGGAUCAUGUCAAAGUUUUUCUUUACCAGAUUUUGAGAGGUCUGAAAUAUCUACAUUCUGCUGGCAUUUUACAUCGAGACAUUAAACCAGGGAACCUACUUGUGAACAGCAACUGUGUUCUUAAGAUUUGUGAUUUUGGAUUGGCCAGGGUGGAAGAAUUAGAUGAAUCUCGUCACAUGACUCAGGAAGUUGUCACUCAGUAUUAUCGAGCUCCAGAAAUCCUGAUGGGCAGCCGUCACUACAGCAAUGCUAUUGACAUCUGGUCUGUAGGCUGUAUCUUUGCAGAAUUACUUGGGCGAAGAAUAUUGUUUCAGGCACAGAGUCCCAUACAGCAGUUGGAUUUGAUUACAGACCUGUUGGGAACACCAUCGCUGGAAGCAAUGAGGACGGCUUGUGAAGGCGCCAAGGCACAUAUACUCAGGGGUCCUCAUAAACAGCCAUCCCUUCCUGUCCUAUAUACGCUUUCCAGUCAAGCUACACAUGAAGCAGUUCAUCUCCUUUGCAGAAUGUUGGUCUUCGAUCCAUCCAAAAGAAUAUCUGCUAAGGAUGCCUUAGCUCACCCAUAUCUUGAUGAAGGGCGGUUGCGAUACCACACUUGUAUGUGUAAAUGUUGUUUUUCGACAUCUACUGGAAGAGUUUAUACUAGUGAUUUUGAACCCGUCACUAAUCCCAAAUUUGAUGACACUUUUGAAAAGAACCUCAGUUCUGUUCGGCAGGUGAAAGAAAUAAUUCAUCAGUUCAUUUUGGAACAGCAGAAAGGAAACAGAGUGCCUCUCUGCAUCAACCCUCAGUCUGCUGCUUUUAAGAGCUUUAUUAGGUAACUUUCCACAGUUGCUCAACCAUCUGAGAUGCCGCCAUCUCCACUGGUUUGGGAAUAAAGUGGAAGAUAAUAUACUACUGAAGAUGUAAUGUAGCUUUCCACUGGAGUCUGGGAUUUGCAAUUCUGGAGGUUAAUCAUGCUUGUACUGUAAUUUUACUAAUGAAGUUUUAAAUUAACAACCACUACUUGUACAAUAUGAAUAAUAUUUAGAAAUGUACUAGACUUUUAAUCUUGUAAAGUGGUUGUGCUUUUAGAAGAAAAUAUUUUACCCAGAGUUGCACGUGUUUUAUGAAUUCUAGUGCAGCUGUGAUGGCUCAGCUCAGAACAAACAGAAUUGAACCAAAUUCGGGGAGGUUUUUUCUUUUUUCCUUUUUUUUUUUUUUUUUAUUGAAGUGAGAUUGUACAAAAAGAUAGACAUACAUUUUGAUAUUGAGCCAUUCCUGAAGAUUUUGGGUUUUCUAAAACUAAGGAAUACAGAAAACUUGACUGCGACCAAUCAUGAAGUCACAUCGGAUGACAAUGACCACAGUAAGUGGGCAUGUCACCUGAUGAUCAAAUCCUAUAAAUAGCUUCUCACUAGAGCUGUGAUGGUGAUGUGUGCUGUUCUAAAAUCAAAUGUUGUGAGUAGAGAGAAUGAGUUUGUGACUAGGAGAGACUAAACUUCUGUUUCCUUACCCAGUAUAAAUAUAUAUAUAUAUUUAAUCUAUUUUUAUUAGAAGUUUUUCUGCUCUUUCUUACAUAAAACCCCCCAGCAUGCAUCUUCUAUGUGUGUAAAUAAUUCCAUUUAUGGGCUAAUUUCAGAGAUCCCUGACAUCAUUGCUGUAUAGAGAGAAACUAGCUUGCACAUUUUAGGUCUGUGAAAUUUUGUGAGAACUUUUUCCUGCACUGGACAGUUGAGAGAGAGAAAAAAAAAAAAAAAAAGAAAAGGAAAAAAAAAAGCACAUAGGGAAUUAUGUUAAUUGUGUUCGUGUCUUUAGGCAAAGCUGUGGAAGUCUUGAAAUGUCACAGUAGUAAAUAACUUUUAUUACUUUUUGGCUAAUUCUUUUUCUGUUGGAACACUGAAUUCUGUGCAUAUGUAUAUAUGAACACAAAUUGAAGGCCUCUACCUCCUGGAGUAUACAACUUGGUUUGUUUACCUCCACAUGAUUUUUUUUUUUUUUUUAAGUUCAGUGUGGAGACUUGAAACUUGAAUGUCCCUUCCAACUUUUAUAUUUAAAACAAGACUAGAAAAUUGAAGACUGUUUUUCACCUGUACAAAGAAAUACUAAAGGGUGGUCUUAAAAUUUGAGCAUUGGUCUGGAGAAAAACCGUGGUGUUUGUUAUGGACAAUUAACUGUUAAAGUUAUUGUAAGUUAUCUGUAUUUAGCAGAGUAUUUUCAACAAGAGUGAUCUGAGCUGAAAUUGGAGACUAUUAGUAAGUUAUGUUUGGAAGUUUUAACUUCAAUGAAGUAAUUAUUUGCUGUGAAAGAGACAAACAUUGAAUAACUGAACAAAGAUGGUGCAAUAUCUUUGUUUUUUAUGAGGCUCCUGAGAAUAAAACCAACUGAAGCAUUUCAAUUCACUUGAAUGAGAAACGUGUUUAAUUAAAAGAGCCCAAGAAGACACUGGUAUGAAAGGUAAAAUCUCAGAGGUUGGUCAGUUAAUGUGGCACACUUGCUGGUCACUUUGUAAAAUGUAGAUUUGAAGUACAGUGGUGAAAACAUUAAAUGUGACAUUUGAAAAAGAAGUGGUGUUAUCUUUAUUUCCUGUCUGAUCUCCCACCUUUAUUUAAGAAUAAGUUGUUACAAUCUUGAUUAAGUACUGUCUAAAAGAAUACAAGUAAAAAGACAUUGUAACAUCUUGUUUUGGGCAUGGUUUUGAUUUUUUACACACACGUACAUACACACACAUAUAUACAUAUAUAUGCAUAUAUGUGCACAUAUAUAUGACUUCUUAAAAAAAUAUUCAUUUACUCUUUAAGCUUGAUCCUGAAUAAAGGCAAAACUUGCUGAUUAAAUCAAAACAAGCAAUUGACUUGCACUUUAUUGGGAGGUUGAAAAACAUCCAGUCGAGGAUGGACUUGACUUAAUUUGCAAAGUUCAUGUCAUUUUUUCCAGAAGAAAUGCUUUCGUUGUUUUCUGUAGUCCUAAUGCAAAGAAUCCAACAUGUGGUGGUGUUGCAGAAUAUGGCUGAAAAUGUUCAUGUUUUAUGGGUAUGACCUUUUUAAAGAUCAAACAAAUUGAACUAUACAGUUCAAGCCUCAGGACCUCACAAGAAAUAAACUGAUAACCCUUCUUAACAUGUGCUCUCUUCCCAGGCCUGGCACAGAUACUGUUUGUGACUCAUGUGUAUGCCUCUUCUGCAAACCUCUUCUUAAAAGUCUCCAUACUAUUAUGAGCUAAAUUUUAACAUGUUUUAGAACUGGUGAUGGUGGUGUCAUUAUUGCUUCCUGGUUGUCUAUUGCUGAACUAGUUGCCAUUGAUUCACUGCCACUGUUACGUAGUCUGCUCAUUAGAUUCUCCUUCAGGGUAAGACUACAGUGCAAAUCGGCAGUUUACUUGCUGGCUUUUCUCAUUUUGACACACAGUUUUGUCAGGGUAUGAGCACGUAAUGACACAACUGGCAAAGACCACUUUCUGCAUCAGUGUAUUUUUUGGAGCUAAUUGCUAGAGGUCCAUGGGUUAAUCUUGUUCAUAAAAAUAAAAAGAAUAAAACGUCUUGCGGACAUUUACCUUUCAGGGUGUCUUCAUACGAAUGUGGGCAGGGCACUGUGCAGACUUGAGUAGCUGAAACUGGCACAAAUGUGUAACUAAAACUGUGUGUGCAAAUAUAUAUAUAAAAAACAAUUAUGGUAAUGUUUUCUGUAGCCUCAACUGCAUUUUACAUGUUUAAUGCAAAUCAACUACAAUGAAAGUGAGACUUCUUUAGAGCUGUCUUUGACAAAGAUAGUUCCAUUUCUAAAGUGAACGCACACGUGUAUACACUCAGAGUGAUCUAAACGUGAGGUCAUCAAGAGAGCUGCUUCUUUCUUUCCCAAUGAGGUUAAAAUCUGGCUUGCAGUUUUCAGAGUUGCAUUUUAAUCAGUUUUAAGCUUUGUUGAUAUCAAUGUCAAAUGAAUUACAGAUUGUAAUCAUAAGUUUUAAGCUCUCUAAAUAUAGCUUCUGCAUCUCCUUUUAUUAAUUGUGCCUUGAGAAGAGUACAGAAGUAGUGAGCGCAAAGAAUAGCUUGAAAAUUAUUCACAAAUUGUCAAAGGAACAUCCAGAUAUUAGAAGGCCUAAUCUCUCUGUGUGUACAUCUUGAAGGUGAUGCAAAGGAGCUAAACAAGAUCAGCUAUGGAACAGUAAGUUGCUAAAAUCCAUUUCCUGAUGUAUGGUGAAAUAUCAUUGAUGGAUUCAAACCAAUUAAUUUAUGAAAGUUACGAAGUGCUUUUCUCCUUCAGCCGAUUUAUCAGUGGCAUGUCUGGGACUUUACUAUUUGACCUGCUGGGAGUGCUUGAAUGCUCACCAGACUGAACAGAUGGUUUUAAUAUUUACUGGGUAGCAAUUUUUCUAAUCAUCUUUUUUACCCUUUAUUGGUUUUAGUAACGGAGUAUCGUGAGAUCCUUGAACUGUUUGUUCUUUGUAACUUUUUAAAAUUCUUCUGUCAAGUAUAACUUGAUAGAAAAUUCUGUUCACUGUACUUCUGUAAUCCUGCUCAGGUAUGGUUACUUUAAAACUGUUUGUGACAUUGAUAAAUGGGGGAAACUGGAAUCCAAGCAGAUAAUUGCUAUAUAAUCUGCGUGUACACCUUGGACAACUUCUGUGCUCAAUAAAGGAUGGAAUCAGACCCACUGAA